AACAACACGAAAUUGAGUUUGUCAUACUUUUCUUUCAAAGUAUAAUCAAUCAAACUUUGUGCUCACAAUAGUCACAACUCACAACCCCAAUUAUCCCCAUAAACUUAUCAUCUUAUCCACACAAUCUUUCCCACGCUUACACACUGACACACCUCUUCUCUUUCUCUUCUUCCUCUUUCUUUCUUCCAAUUCCCAUUUUCCUUCACAAAAUUCAACACCCAUUUUCCAAUGUCAAUAUCCGGAUUAACGAAUACCUUCUCAAACCCUAACCCUAAAAUCUUCAAUUCCCCCAAUAUCUCUAUUUUCAAUGGAAAUUGCAGAUUCAAGCUUAGGGUUUGUGCUAAAGUUACUACCCCUGAACCAAAUGCUAGGGUUCAUGGUCAAUUUUCUGCUCCUGUGAAGCCUAGUAGUAGUAUUAGCAGCUCUACGACGUCGUCUUCUUCCCCGAAGAAGAAGAAAGAAGAUGAGCAGAAACGAGAUUAUUAUAUCAAUAUGGGUCAUGCAAUUCGUUGUUUAAGAGAGGAGUUUCCUGAAUUGUUUUGCAGGGAGCCCAAUUUUGAUAUUUACAGGGAUGAUAUUGUGUUCAAAGAUCCUCUGAAUACCUUUGCUGGCAUUGAGAACUACAAAUCAAUUUUUUGGGCAUUGCGAUUCCAUGGAAGAAUAUUUUUUAAAGCUUUGUGGGUUGAAAUUCUGAGUGUGUGGCAACCUAUGGAGAAUGUAAUCUUGGUUCGUUGGACUGUCCAUGGAAUCCCACGGGUCCCGUGGGAGAGCCGUGGUCGUUUUGAUGGCCUUUCAGAGUACAAGCUUGAUAGGAAUGGGAAGAUCUAUCAGCACAAAGUUGACAACAUUGCCCUCAAUACCUCUCGCAAGUUCCAGGUACUCUCUGUCCAGGAGUUAAUCUUGUCACUUGGCUACCCUACAACUCCAAAGCCAACCUGUUUUGAGCUCACUUCACCCACAGAACUCAUCCCAUUUGCGGGAGAAAUGGUUUCUGCAAGUCAUUACUUGAAUUCUGCCCUGGAUCUUUCACAUAGACAUGAGGCAGAAACUUCUCAGAGAUCGUAGCCUUCUGGUAAAAAGUAAAUUUUGCUAGUUUUGAAUGCCUAGAGCUUGGUCAUCCUUAGCAUCGGAGGGCCAUAUAGUUGCCUUUAUGCUUCUUGAACGAUAAAGUAUACGCCUGUAUGUUAUAUACUAAUAAUCAUUUCAGAAUGCUGGAGCUUGAUUAAUUGUAGUAUGUUCAAGACCUCACCACCUGCUCAUAUGUAAUUAAGCAUGAUAUAGUCUUGUAAACAUUGUAGAUUUUGUAUAUAUUUAAAUAUAAAGUUGAGAUUUCAAUUUCUUCUCGCUGCA